AUGGCCCCCAACAGAUCCGCCUCGGGCGGCAUCUCUGGCUGGAUGAAGCUCCUCGCCAUCACCCUCGCCAUCUUCGCCCCCAUCGUCGCCAUCGCCAUCGUCGACUUCAUCGUCACCGAGCUCAGCGAGAAGCACCCCAAGCACGUCAACCUCGAGCAGGAAUGGAUCUUCAACAACGCCGGCGGCGCCAUGGGCGCCAUGUACGUGAUCCACGCUAGCAUCACCGAGUACCUCAUCAUAUUCGGCACCACCAUCGGCACCGAGGGCCACACCGGCCGCCACACUGCCGACGACUACUUCAACAUUCUUACCGGUACCCAGACCGCCUACACCGCCGGCACCUUUGAGCCCGAGGUCUACCCCGCCGGUUCCGUCCACCACCUCCGCCGCGGCACCGUCAAGCAGUACCGCAUGCCCGAGGGCUGCUUCGCUCUCGACACCCUCGAUCUCCCCACCCUUUGGAGGACCACCUACGUCACCGGCCGCGAAAUGAUUGGCAACCUCUUGAUCGGCAAGUUUUAA